AUGUUUCUUAAACGCCCAGAUAAAAUAAGCAUUAAAAAUGGAUGCUUGUAAACUAAAGGAAAGUCACUCAACCUUGGUUUUGGAGAUACAAUGCUUUUCUUGAAACUAAGAGUAAUGUUAAGCAAAAAUAUUAGUUGCUUAUAAGACCUGGCUAGGAAUUUGAUCCACUUUAGAUGAAUUUAUUAUCAAUGGAAGUGUGA